AUGAAGUAUUCGACCGCAAUCGUCGUGGCCGCGGCCUCCGCCGCCAACGCCGGCUACUGUAACGACGCCUUCGAGGAGUUCGGCAACUUUUUCUGCCCUAACUCGGUCAAGCAGAUCAAAUAUGCUGGUCUCGAUAUCCCCGGAAAGUACCGAGCCGUCGCCUCCAUGGACGCCAACGGCGCAUGCACGUUCAAGGACAAGGUCUACUCCGGUCCCAUCGCCCCCUUCAACGAGGACUUGACGCUGCACUUCCGGGGUCCCCUGGAGCUGAAGUCGAUCGCGGUCUACACGCCGUCGUCCUCCGGGACCCAGACCGAGGCCGCCAAGGCGCCCUCAAAGCGCCACCACCACGGCCACCAGCACCUGCACAAGAAGCACCACGACCACCCGCAGGCGAAGCGCGCCGACAUCGUCACCGCCGUCAUCGACGGCGUCACCCAGACCUGGGAGAACAACUGGUUCGGCGGCGCCGCGACCCCGUCGCCGAAACCCGCCUCCCCCAAGGUGGACACCGCCGCUGGGGGCGCGUACAAGUCCGUCCAGAACGUCGACGCCAACGUCAAGGUCGCGGCCGCGUCCAAGAGCAGCGACAAGACCGCCGUCUCCGCCGGCGACUUCGAGCGCGUCGCCUACUACAGCGCCAAGGGGCAGGUCGCCGACGGCCUCGUCUUCCUCGGCAACGUCGGCGACCCGGCCGUGUCCGGUACCUUCGACACUGUCUGGGGUGCCAGUUUGGGGUAUACCAAUGAGGACGGCACCAAGGCGGCCCCAUCCCCCACCGUCCUGAAGGAGGGGCUCAUCGACGACUCGACCGAGGUCAUCAUCGCCUCCGACAAGCAGUGCGACGAGAGCUGCGGCACGGUCCGCCCCGGCACCGUGGCCUACAAGGGUUUCGAGGGCGCCAACAAGGUGUUCCUGGCGGAGUUCUCGAUGCCGCUGAGCGGGAAGACCGGGUGGAACAUGGACAUGCCGGCGUUCUGGAUGCUCAACGGGGCGAUCCCGCGCACGGGGCAGUACAGCGCGUGCAGCUGCUGGAAGGGCGACAACGCGUCGCCGAACGAGGGCGGCUGCGGCGAGGCCGACAUCAUCGAGGUGCUGCGCUCGGGCGACACCAAGGCCAAGUCCACCUUCCACUUCGCCGCCGGCACCGGCGACUCCCACUACUUCGACCGCCCCGUCGACCGCCCCAUCAAGGUCGCCGUCGUCUUCCAGGAGGCCUCCUCCACCGCCUCCAUCAAGGUCCUCGACGACAACUUCGACUUCGCCACCAGCCUCACUGCCAACCAGGUCGAGAACCUCGUCAACGACGAGCCCGACAACCUCCUCUCCCUCAUGACCUUCGGUAUCCUGUCGUAG